AUGUGGCCGUGUGUGCUCGGCGGCUGUAGCGACCCCGAGGGCGCUCUGGCGGCAACCAACGCCCUGCGCGCGCAACACGGCGUCCCGCCCCUCACGUGGGACAACGGCCUGGCUCUGGAGUCCGCAGCCUGGGCCUUCAAGCUGGCACAGCGUGGAUGCGCCAAGGACCACGAUUACAGCGUCGUCGUGGGGGAGAACAUCUUCACGGUGACAGAAUUGCCACCACCGGAUAAGACUUGCACUCCCGCUGUACAUGGGUGGUAUAGCGAGAUUUCAGAGUACAACUUCACGACAAGCGCGCCGUUCACGGUUAAUCAUGACGACGGUGUUGGCCAUUUCACGCAACUGGUGUGGAGGGCCACGACCACAAUGGGCUGCGGCACAGCGGUUGUCAGUAUGAUGUUGGAGCUGUUUACGGGAUACCGCGCCAAGGGCGGCUGCAAAGUGGUCGUAUGUCGAUACUUGCCGCCAGGGAACAUUGCCAGCGACAAAUUCUACCGGGCCAACGGGUAUGUGCAUAUGCAGGCGUGCAUGCAGGUGCUGCCGCUGGCUCAACCGCCGCCACCGCGGCAACCGUAG